AUGGAAGAAGAAAUAUCAUCUCAUGAGCCCCAAAAUCAUACCAGAGUGUCUGAAUUUAUUUUUUGUGGAGUCACCCAGUCUCAAGAGCUAAGCUUCCUCUUAUUUUUCUUUUUAUCUAUAGUUUAUGUAACAACUGUCUUAGCAAAUGUUGCCAUCAUGGUCACCGUGACCUACGAGGCUCGCCUGCACACCCCCAUGUACUUCCUGCUCCGCAAUCUCUCUGUCCUGGACAUCUGCUUCUCCUCCAUCACUGCCCCCAAGGUCCUCGUGGACCUGCUGUCCCGGAGGAAGACCAUCUCCUUCCAGGGCUGCAUGACCCAAAUCUUCUUCUUCCACCUCCUCGGUGGAGCAGACAUUUUUUCUCUCUCUGUCAUGGCCCUGGACCGCUACAUGGCCAUCUCCAAGCCCCUGCACUACGUCACCAUCAUGAGUAGGGGGCGCUGCUCGGCCCUCAUUGUGGCCUCCUGGGUGGGGGGCUUUGUCCAUUCCAUUGUACAGAUUUCCCUGUUGCUUCCGCUUCCCUUCUGUGGACCCAACGUGGUUGACGGCUUCUACUGUGACGUCCCCCAGGUCCUCAAACUCGCCUGCACCGACACCUUUGUUAUCGAGCUGCUCAUGAUUUCCAACAAUGGCCUGAUCACUACCCUGUGGUUUGUCCUCCUUCUUGUGUCCUACACGGUCAUCUUGCUGAUGCUGAGAUCUCACACCGGGGAGGGCAAGAGGAAAGCCAUCUCCACCUGCACCGCUCACAUCACAGUGGUCACCCUGCACUUUGUGCCCUGCAUCUACGUGUAUGCCCGGCCCUUCACUGCCCUCCCCAUGGACAGAGCUGUGUCCAUCACCUUUACUAUCAUCAUCCCUGUCCUGAACCCCAUUAUCUACACCCUGCGGAACCAAGAGAUGAAGUCAGCCAUGAGGAAACUGAAAAGAAGAUUUGUGCUUUCUGAAAGGGACUAG